CAACAUUGUGGACCAUAAGGCUUACCGACCAGACGAGCGCCUCCUUGACCUACCCAUCCAACGAGCUUGCCAUAACGUUAAAACUGCGAUUGGAACUUCACUGGAACAUCCAUUCAAUUCUUGCGCCUUGCAAUCACCACCACUCUACAGCUUGUUAUCCUCAAGCAUUCUGUCGACCAUUGGCAAAGGAUCCAAUCUACAGUUUAGACUCGUAUACGUUUGAUGAUUAACCUUGGCUAAUGAGUCACUCGAACCAAUCCGACAGAGCUUGGGAGAGGCUUUCCCAGGUCGCUGUACAUAGCGCUGUAUACGACUCCCGUGAACGCCUGCCCUAUCCGAAAUGUCUGAAAGAUACACGAACGAACCUUCUCAAGCACAUCUAUGGAUUUUUAGACAGCCCCGAGAAGAGCCAACUCGUUUGGCUGCAUGGCACGGCGGGUGUAGGAAAAUCUGCUGUCGCGUUCACUGUAGCUGAAAGGAUGAGAGAUCUGAAAACAUCAGAGGAGACGACUGUUGAAAAACGGCUUGCAGGAACAUUCUUUUUCUCGCGCACGAACACGAACCGCCGCACGACUGAAUAUUUCUUCGCGACCCUCGCCUAUCAGCUUGCCAGGAAUUUCUCCUGCCUCCGGACUGACAUAUGCAAAGCUAUCAUUGAAAAUCCCGCCGUUUUAGAGCCCGACAGUUCCCUUCGCGACCAGAUGGAGGCAUUGUUUCUCCGACCUCUCCGGCAGCUUUGUAAAAAACGGGAGAAUUGUCUACCUCUGUCGUUCGUCAUUGACGCCCUUGAUGAAUGCACCUCUGAAGCGGAGCUCACUGAACUCAUCUCCCUGCUAGGCAAAGCUCUUCAUAAAUCUGAUCUGCCCAAACUUCACAUUCUGCUCACUAGUCGAAGCACAUGUUCGUGAAGCAAUGGAGGAUGAAGAGGUGCAUCCGCUGGUGUGCGAGAUACCAGUGAAAACCUCUGGGGAUGGGGUGCCUGACAUCAUCUCCUUAGACGGCACAGACGUCGAUAACGAUAUCUAUGUUUUCUUGAAUCAUUCCUUCACAAACCU